GGUUGGACUCCCCCGUUCUGGGCUUGCCCUCCGCCUCCUCCCCCGCCCCUUCCCACCUCCGCCCACUUGACGCGAUGACGCACCUCAGGUUUGCGGACGUGGCGGCGGCGUACGGCCCGGAAGGCGGAGACGUUGGCGGCAGAGGCGGAGGCGGACUGGGUCAGCCCAAGGCGGAGGCUGGGCCAUGAACUUGCCCGGGACAGAGGGGGCGACGGACCUUUUGGUCAUCUCGUCGCAGCGUGUCCCCUGCUAACGAGGACAGAUUUUAACAUUAUGGCAGGAAGGCAUCAGAAUCGUAGUUUUCCUCUUCCAGGAGUUCAGUCAAGUGGUCAAGUACAUGCAUUUGGAAAUUGUUCAGACAAUGAUAUGUUGGAGGAGGAUGCUGAAAUGUAUGAGCUUCGAUCCAGAGGAAAAGAGAAGGUCCGAAGAAGUACAUCAAGAGAUAGACUUGAUGACAUUAUAGUAUUAACAAAAGAUAUACAAGAAGGAGAUACACUAAAUGCAAUAGCCCUUCAGUACUGUUGUACGGUAGCAGAUAUCAAGAGAGUUAACAAUCUCAUCAGUGAUCAAGACUUUUUUGCCCUUAGGUCUAUCAAAAUUCCAGUAAAAAAGUUCAGUUCCUUGACCGAAACACUUUGUCCUCCAAAAGGAAGACAGACUUCACGUCAUUCAUCUGUUCAAUACUCUUCCGGACAACAGGAAAUUUUGCCAGCUAAUGAUUCUCUUGCUUACAGUGACUCAGCUGGUAGCUUUUUAAAAGAAGUAGACCGAGACAUAGAACAAAUAGUAAAGUGUACAGACAAUAAGAGAGAGAACCUCAAUGAGGUAGUAUCGGCCUUAACAGCACAACAAAUACGUUUUGAACCUGAUAACAAAAACACUCAACGUAAAGAUCCCUAUUAUGGAGCAGACUGGGGAAUAGGGUGGUGGACAGCUGUUGUGAUAAUGUUGAUAGUAGGUAUAAUAACACCAGUGUUUUAUUUGUUGUAUUAUGAAAUUUUAGCUAAGGUGGAUGUUAGUCAUCAUUCAACAGUGGACUCUUCACAUUUACAUUCAAAAAUCACACCCCCAUCACAGCAGAGAGAAAUGGAAAAUGGAAUUGUGCCAACUAAAGGAAUACAUUUCGGCCAACAAGAUGAUAAUAAACUGUAUAGUCAAGAUUCUCAGUCACCUGCUGCUCAACACGAAACAUAGCAAUUAGUUCGUAAUCAAACGUUAGUAGUCACAUGUGCAUCUGGAAUGUGGUGAAUCAGUUAUAUCCAAUAAUCACUUCAAAGGCAGAAUUUAAAGAGAUUGAGAUGCUUUUGUUUUUAACAAAAGGAUUUCACACUUUGAACAUUUUUUGAGCAACUAGUUGAUGUUGAGAGCAGUUGAUCCAUAAAUCUGGUGUGUCAAUGUUUCAAGCAGAAAUUAAUUUAAACGUGUGUUUAGGAAGUUCUUAACUUGGAAGAUGUAUCAUUUUUCUUAAGAUGUAUGUUUAAAUUUUUUUUUUUAGGUAAUUUUUAAAAAGUUUAUUAAUGUUAAAUUUAUGAUGCAGAAUGAUAGCAUCAGUUAUCUGCAGCUGAAAAAAAUUUACUACUAUGAACCCCCAAAAUAUUCAGUUGCAAGAAAUUUUGAUUCUAAAAUUAUUCAUGGUAGCAUACGUAACACACCACUUCAAAACCUUUAAAAAUUACAUUUAGCACAUGUACUAUGAAAGCAUACAUACAAAGAGAAAGGGGAAAGUGAUUUAUAAUUCCUACAACAGAGGCCAAGAAAUAGAUUAAAAUAUUUUCAAGACCCCAAAAUAAUGUAUUAUGGUUGGGAAGUCAGUAGAACACUGGAAUAGGUGAAGACCUGACAGUAAUUUUUGUCUUAAGAAUGCUUUCUUUAGGACAGACCCUUUAACCUCACCUCUGUGCAUCUGUUUUUAAAAUGAUUAUAUUUGUCUCUGAUAUUUGAAAGCACUUUUGUAGUUUUGAUGAUGAAAAAUGUUAAACAUGUACAUAUUACCAUUAUUUAAGAAAUAAUUCCUUACAUACUGUGAUAAAU